CAAGUUCCUUUACGGCAGUGCCGGUUUCCACGUUUAAAAUAAACAUGGCUACUGCGCAGGCUGCUACUGUUGGAAAUGAACAAUAUGAGAGAAAAGGUGAUGAAACUCCAGAGACAAGCAGCGGGACACGUUUGGACAAUAACCCCGAGCAGAAACCAGUGUGUCUCAUAGUGCUGGGUAUGGCGGGUUCUGGGAAAACUACUUUUGUUCAGCGUCUCACGUCUUAUCUACACUGUAAGAAGAAUCCUCCGUAUGUUAUUAACCUGGACCCUGCGGUGCAUGAAGUUCCGUUUCCUGUCAACAUCGAUAUCAGAGACACAGUGAACUAUAAGGAAGUGAUGAAACAAUACGGUUUGGGCCCAAACGGGGGAAUUGUUACGUCUCUCAACCUGUUUGCGACGAGGUUUGAUCAGGUGAUGAAGUUCAUUGAGAAAAGGCAGCAGAAUCAUCAGUACGUUCUGAUCGACACUCCAGGACAGAUUGAGGUGUUCACCUGGUCUGCAUCAGGAACCAUCAUAACUGAGGCAUUGGCCUCAUCUUUCCCAUGUGUGGUGAUGUAUGUGAUGGACACGUCCCGCAGUGUGAACCCUGUAACCUUCAUGUCCAACAUGCUGUAUGCCUGCAGCAUUCUGUACAAAACCAGACUUCCCUUCAUCGUGGUCAUGAACAAGACAGAUAUAAUUGAUCAUCGCUUUGCAGUAGAGUGGAUGCAGGAUUUUGAGGUGUUUCAGGAUGCACUGAACCAGGAGACGUCAUACGUCAGUAACCUCACACGCUCCAUGAGUCUGGUUUUGGACGAGUUCUACACAAACCUGAGGGUGGUUGGUGUGUCUGCUGUAACUGGUUCUGGCCUGGAUGAGCUGUUUGUUCAGGUCACAGAUGCUGCUAAAGAAUACGAGACAGAGUAUCGACCUGAAUACGAGCGUCUGCAUAAAGAGCUGUCUGAAGCUCAGAGUAAAAAACAGCAGGAACAGCUGGAACGCCUCCGGAAAGAUAUGGGAGAGGUUACCAUGGAAACAGGUGUACAGCCAGAUGUUCCUGACCUCAGUGGUCCCAGUGACCUCAUCUUCAACCGCGGAAACCUGGACGAGGAUGAGGAGGAUACAGACAGCAAUGGGGAUGACAUUGAUCACCAUGCUACAGAGGAGAGUAAAGAGUCCACAUCGUUUGCGAACUUUGUUCAGGAGAGAAAGAAAGUGGUGCAGGUGCGAAACAGGAAGUCACAGUGAGACCAGGAGGAAGUGUGUGUCAUCAGAACACUCCUUUACCCGGACUUUGACCUUUGAACUCUCUUCCACUUUAUAUGUAUUGCCUUUAAAUUCUCUCGUGUUCUGUG